AUUGUCAUUCCAGUUUCACUGCCUUCGGAUCUGCUCGGUGACUCAGAGGAAAUGUCUGUAGCUGUUAAUAGUUUUUAACAACUUGUUAGUUGGAUGUGGCGUCUCUACGUUGAGAUUAAACGUGUGUCUGUGAACUGGGCGUCAGGGGGAUUUUAUUCUCUGGCGCUCUGAAUUAAAACGUCGCUGGUUUGCGCGCGUUUUUACGCAUUUGACGUGCUCAGCUGACGCACAUUCGCCUGAGGAGGAACCGGAGCUCAGGUGAGGAGCUGGAACUUGCGCCGGGACCACUGGAAUUAUAGUGUGAUUUUUGGUCGACAAAAUGAGUAAAACGAAGAAUAAAACGGAUAAUAAGACGGAAAAGGCUUUGGCCGCGGAGAAGGAACAGUUUGGAAAACAACAGCUCCACAGCAUCAGCAAAACUGUCGCCACAUCUGAAACACCACCCAAAGAGAAAUAUGUGCGCACAAUCAUCUUGGGGACACACAAAGAAGGUGGAGCCACCACCUUCUGGUCCUACGUCCUCAACCUGCCGCUGUCCAGCAACUCCAUGGUCAGCUGGAAGUUCUGCUACCUGCUGCACAAAGUCCUCAGGGACGGACACAGAAACGCCGUGGUAGAUUCUCACAGAUACUGCCGCAACGUUAAAGACAUGGGAGUCCUGUGGGGAAACUUGCACGAUCGAUACGGUCACAUUGUCGCCUUGUACGCCAAGUUCCUCAGCCUCAAAAUGGAAUUUCAUGCAAAGCACAAAGUGAUCCCCGGUAACAUGGAGGCCAGCGAUGAGACUCUGGAGAGAGAAGCAGGAACUGAUAUGACCAAAGUGUUAGAUAUGACUCAGGAGUUGCUGGAUACCUUGGAUGCUGGACUGAAGAUGGCGGAGACAGUUCUUCGUCAGCUCGACGCCAACGGAGCCAAAUCCACGACUCCAGCGGGACAGUGCAGACUGACUCCUCUCAUCCCGCUCAUCCUGGACUCCAGCUUUCUUUACCACUUCUCCGUUCGACUGUUGUUCAAGCUUCACAGCCGCAUCGCCGCCGACGUUCUCCUCGGGCAUCGGGAGCGAUUCCGGGAUCUCUUCAUGAGCCUCACGCAGUUCUUCAGCAGAGCCAGAGAAAUGGAGUUCUUCAAAAGUUUCAUCCAGAUCCCAGAUCUCCCAGACGAGCCUCCGAAUUUCCUCCGAGCCGCGGCGCUGGGCGAGUACAAGAGGCCGGUGGUGGUGGUGCCCGACCAGGGGCGACACGAGGAGGAGGAGGUGGAGACGCAGCCGGGCUUACGAGAAACUCCUCAGCCUCAGUACUAUUUGCUGAGUCAGAUGGGAACUCCCGAUGCUUCGCUGGAGCAGAGAGACACCGAGAACGAGACUCUGAAGAGGGAACUGGAGGCUCUGAAACCAGAGCUACAGCACCUCAAGUCUGAGGCUCAGAGGUGCGUGGUGGAGUUGAAGGCUCAGGUGAACCGGCUGGAGGCCGAGGUGGAGGAGCAGCGCACCACCAAGCAGAUGGCCAUGGUGGAGAACGAGCACCUGCGGAUGGAGGUGGAGGCGCUGCGCUGCGCUAACGUCGCCAACGUCGGGGCUCAGCUCGGAUUCAAGGAGGCCGACGGUAGAGCUCAGGCAGCGGAGCUUCGCUUCACGCAGCUCAAAGAGAGACACGCUGAGCUGGUGACGAGCCACGCUGAUCUCAUGAAGAAGAACGCAGACACAGUGAAGAGGCUGUCGAGUACAAAACAAGAGCAAGACGAUCUCCUUAGAGCCAAGAACCAGCUGGAGAAUGAGCUGGAAAAUCUGCGACGGGAGAGAAUGAACGCGAUGAGUCAGCAGCAGCAGGAGGCCGACCGCCUGAAUAAAGAGCUCCUGGAGCAGAGAGCAGAGCUGGCCCUGCUUCGCAGCCGCCUGGAGAGUAAAGAGAUGGAAGGCUCUCAGACGAGCAGCAGCCUGGCAGCUCUGCAGGCCGAACGCGACGCUCUGCUGCGCUCGGCCAGAGAAAAGGACGCGGAGCUCUCGUCCCUGAGACAACAGGUCCAGCAGCAGCAGAGCUCCAUGGACCUGGAGCGAGACCGGACCAACCGAGAACUGGAGGCGCUCAGGGCUCAGCUUCAGCAGCAGCUCGCCAUCAACGCGGAGCAGAAGCUGGAGAUCGACAGACUGAGGCGAGAGCUGGACGCCACACGAGCAGAACUGAGCCGAGCCAACAGCGCCCUGCAGAGCAAAGAGAUGAGCGGGUCCCAGCUGAACACUGCGCUGGCCGGGAUGCAGGCGGAGAAGGAGGCGAUGCUGAGGUCCAUGAGGGAGCAGGAGGCCGAGAUCAACUCCCUGCGACAACAAGCUCAGCUCCACCACAGCCUCCUGGAGCAGGAGAGACAGAGGAGCAGCAUCGAGCUGGGAGGCCUCCACACACAACUACAGCAACAGGCGUGCCGUGAGGGGGAGCUGACCCAGAAGCUGCAGGACGAACAGUUCUGUCUCCUCCAAUGCGCCGUGGUGGAGGCUGAGGGCAUCAUCCUGGACGCUCUGGCCAAAGUGGACGAUCCCGUCCACGUCCGCUGUGUCUGUUCCCCCGAUUAUUUAGUGAAUCGAGCUGAAAUCACUCUGGGUUCCAUCGAUAAAAUGCAGCAGAGCCACGUUGUGUAUCUGGGGAACAGGAACGACGCCAGCGGUUUGUUGAGGGCAGUGACUCAGUUUUCUCACCUGGCGGCCGACACCAUCGUCAACGGAGCCGCGACGUCGCACUCGGCCCCGACCGACCAGGCCGACCGUUUGACGGACGGAUGCAGGGACUGCGCUAACCACUGUCUCCAGUUCAUGAGGGACCUGAAGAGUCAGGCCAGUUUGCCGAGAGCCGAUCCGGCCGCGAUACGUUACACGGUCCAACGCAUCCUCAGCCUGGGACAGGAUCUACGUCCGAAGGGACAGGACGUGAUGAAGGACGAGCUGGGCAGCUUGGUGGACAAGGAGAUGAUCGCUACGUCCACCGCCAUCGAAGAGGCCGUGCUGAGGAUGGACGAAAUAAUGAAUCAGGCGAAAAGAGACACGUCUGGUGUGAAACUGGAGGUCAACCAGAGUAUCCUGGGCUCCUGCUCAGACCUGAUGAAGGCUGUCCACAUGCUGGUGACGGCUGCUACCGACCUACAGAAGGACAUCGUGGAAGGAGGACGAGGAGCAGCAUCUGUUACUGAGUUUUAUGCUAAAAACUCUCGCUGGACUGAAGGACUGAUCUCAGCGUCUAAGGCCGUGGGCUGGGGCGCCACCCAGCUGCUGGACUCGGCCGACCGGGUGGUGGGCGAAGCUGGAACCUACGAGGAGCUGAUCGCCUGCUCCCAUGAAAUCGCCGGCAGCACGGCUCAGCUGGUCGCUGCCUCCAAGGUGAAGGCCGACCGCAACAACAAGAAGCUGUACACGCUGCAACAGGCCUCGCGACACGUCAACGACAUGGCCGCCGUGGUCGUCACCUCCACCAAACACGGGCAGCAGCAGAUCUCUGAGCCCGUUGUGAUGGACUUCUCUGGCAUGUCUCUGAUUAAACUGAAAAAGGAGGAAAUGGAGGCUCAGGUGAAGGUUCUUCAGCUGGAGAACCAGCUGGAGCAGGAGCGCGUCCGUCUGGGUGAGCUGAGGAAGAAACAUUACGAACUGGGCCCCCCCGGUACCGACGGUCCGGACGACUCCGACAUGUUCCCGCCGCCGCCGCCGCCCACUCUGCUGGACUCCACCCCGGCACCUGAGCCGCCCCCACAGAGCUUCGCACAAACCAACCCGUUCGCUCCGGCGCCAACGCAGUCCACAACCCCUCAGCCGUACACACCGGCCUACACAACAACUCAGAGCUACACACCACCACAAACAAACACAACAUCUCAGAGCUACACACCACCUCAAACAACAGCUCAGAGCUACACACCACCACAAACAUACACAACAUCUCAAAGCUUUGCAACAUCUCAAAGCUUCACAACACCACAAACAAUAUCUCAAAGCUUCACACCACCACAAACAUACACACCAUCUUACACACCAUCUCAAAGCUUCACUACAUCUCAAAGCUACACCCCGUCCCAACCUUUCACCCCAUCUCAAAGCUACACCCCGUCCCACUCUUACUUCCCGUCUCAGCCCUACGCCCCAAACCCAGCUCCGAGUUUCUCGACGCCUUCGUCCUACUCGCUCUCACAGCCGUCGUCGUCCUUCACGUCCGGCCUCUCUCAGCCCAAACCGGCCUCUCAGCCGUCGUCUCAGACGACCAAGCAGACCAACAACGCAGAAGCGUCCGCCAAACCAUCCACCAGGAGGUCCAACAUCUUCGUCAAGUCCGGGAACCUGCUGAAGAACGCGUUCAAACGAGGAGAAGCUGGAGCUGGAGCUGGAGCUGGAACGGGGGAGUCUUGAAGUUGAAGAACUGGAGUCUGAUUUUACUGAAGCACUCGCUGGAGAAAAUAAAAGUCCUUUUUACCUGAAUGUGUCUCUGGUAAAUCAAACGUAUAUUUAAUCAAACUGAAGCAAGUGAUUUAUUAAAAAUCCAUGUAGAGUUUUUGAAAGGUCAGCGUGGAGGCCACAGUGUGUAAAUAUUCGAUGUAUAUCAUGAGGAAGGAGAUCAGUUCAUUGGUGCAGUCACUUCUGGCAUUAAAGGUUUUUUUUGCUCCGAUGAUUUUUAACUUUUAGCCAAAGCUCCUGAUGUGUAUCUGCAGGAUUUAUUGCAGCCAUGUGAUUGUCUGAUUAGAUAAUUGCACAAAGAAACAUGUUAAUUAUCACAUUAACAUCAUUUCCAUUAAGGUUUGUGUUGUUGGCUGAAUAAAAGUAAUUUUCUGACUAA